CUACGUCCUGCCCUCAGGAUUAUAUCUUCAGUUUAUUUCUUUUCUUUUUCGCGGUCCUGGUCGUCCGCUUUAUCUUCACUGUACAAUCUUGCUUUGCUGUGCUUUGCUGCAGCAACUCUGACAUCCCUUGAGUCAGGCAGCUCACACUCUCCGGAGAGGACCUUUUAAAAAAACGAUCUUUGACUACUUUUCUUCUGCUGCGCAAAAGAGACUCAGGCCACACUCUUUGACCUACGUGAUUGCUACGAAUCUGAUAACGGAAAUCCGCUAUUUGAUCUUCCAUUCCUUGCGAACUCCACAUCUGCGAUCGGCCACCACGCAUUCCUACCUCCGCGCUAAGAUAUCUACUAUCCGGCGAAGGCAUCGCAAACGAACAUCCAAGAAUAUAAUAUCAAGAAGGGCGUUGAGCGACAGCGACAGAUUCGGAAACCGGCUGCAGCAUAUAUCCUGGUUGUCCCAGCUCUCGAUGUGCUAUUAGUUCUCGACUUGGUUCCAUCGUUCAAUAUAUCCUCACUCGACCAGCAUGUCGACACUUACUAGGGCGUUUACCAAGCGCUCAAAGCGCAUUGAAGUUUCCUCGCCGAUGCCAUAUCGUGAAGGCCAGGUAAAAUUCUCGUCCGGUACGAUCAAGAGAGGCAAGAUCUCUGGGCCGGUCGAACUAUUGUCAACGACGAACAUGCUUGCAUAUAAUGCACCAGAUCUCCACUCGGCAUCGUCGUCCUCCACCUCGUCUUUGCAGUCACCUGAUGACUCGGAUCGUUCGUUUAGCCAGCACAGUUUUUCCUCGCCGCUUACUACACCUGAUGAUUCUCCCAUCGAACCGAAUCCUCUGUCAGGGUAUUUUCCAAAACGGUCCGCAACUGUGACCAGCCAUCCGCGCUCUUCAUCAUCGACUACGUCUUCAAAUGAUGCCCCAAUGGUUCCCAGGCGUGCUCUUUCUCACACCAAGCGGAACCACCAAGAGCUGGCGCGCCAGCGUUCCUUGAAGCGCAUGUCUCCUCCGCCGAGCUCCAGUAGCAACCCAGAACGGCUAGCUUACGAUACUUAUCAUGCGGAGCCUCACCCGUUCGGCAAAGAGUUGGAGCAGGUCAACGAAGUGGUCGAGGAAUUUGGAGGCGCCCCUCUGUUUGACGAGGAAGAGCAGAUUCUGCGCAGAAAGGGACUCAAGAAAUUUUCCGUGAAUGAUUAUCUAGUGGAGAUUGAAGACCUCUAUGGCAGCAUCUUCAAUGAUCGGCUGGGCCCGAUAGCUUCCACAUCGUGGCUAUGA